GCUAACUUCAAGUUGGACGUUUCAAUUUGUUAAAGGUUUGUGGCCACCGAUCCACCAAUCAAAGCGAAAUCUCAAGGAACCUCAAAUUGCAGAGUAUGUCAAUUCACCAGGCCCAGAUAACCUCUCCGUGAUCUUCUGAGGGGGAGUAGAGAACUAGACAUUUGUUCCACCCGUUUGUAUGUCAAAAUAAAACCGUUGACGUUUAUAUAUCAAUAACCAAUGCUCGUUAAAUAUUUAGUUGGCUGUUUAAACGCUUAAUGACUUCAGGCUAAAGGUUCACAGUUAUUUGGUAAAUCAUGCAUCGAGUUUCGGAUGUUCCGGUCAUUAUGUUUAAUCCAUACUUAACGUGUAAUCUUUGCCGAGGCUAUUUAAUCGAUGCCACGACAAUUGUUGAGUGUCUACACUCUUUCUGCCGAAGUUGUAUCUUGACUUAUCUCAAACUGAACACAACAUGUCCGGUUUGUGCGACACUUUUGCACAAAACGAAACCACAUUGCGCAAUUCGGCCUGAUCGUGCACUACAGUCCAUUGUUUACAAGCUUAUACCGAAUUUAUUUGAAAAGGAAAUGCUAUGUAGAAGAAAAUUUUAUGAGGAUCAUCCUUCAUGUUACACUCGAUCCUUAAGUCCUGAAAAACGUGGUGAUUUAACCUUGAAUACUUAUGUACUCCAAGAAGAAGAUCGUCUAAGUGUUGAACUUCGGUACUGGAAUCAAAGCGAACAUAAGAAUAAUGGUUGCUCAAGUAAAACUUCUAGUCAAACAGAUUCAAUUAACCCGAUACUGCCUGUUAUCCCCCCUACAUUUUUACUCUGUCCACCUGAACUUACAGUGGGACAUAUUGAAAAGCUGAUUCGAAUGAAGUUCAAUCUAAAACCCAGUGAGCAUGAGGUUUCUGUAUUCUUUUCAGUCGACGAUCUUUUUAAUUCUAACUAUACACUAUCAGAUCUUGCCUGCUUGUAUGCCUGGCGUCGCCAACAACCUUUUAAAUUAUAUUUUACAAUAAAAGAAACAUCGAGGCAUGGAUUUUCUGUGUUUAUGGAAUCGCAACCCCCUUCAACAUCGAGUAAUCUUACUCAUAGUAUUCUGGAUAAACCUAAAAUAUCUCCCCAAAAUAAUAAUACAUCUUGGUCUGCAAAAUCCAAAUCCAGAAAUUUCCCAACAAAUUCCCUUCGUAAACGACAUGUGAAUAACUCUGAUGAUGAAAUGGAGACUACUUCAUUUGAAGUCUCUGCGCCAAACUCACAAAUCUCAUCACAAUCAUCCUGUAAAAUAUCACUUCCAACACAGUUCAUAAAAUCUAUAAGCUUAUCAUCUCCUAUGCUCAAUACUUCAAGUUCUGUUUGUUCUUCGCUAGCCUAAAAUUUAACUUAUGUCUUAAUAUUCCAUAACUAGUCAUUCGGAUUUAUACCUCUGAUGGUGCUUUAUACUUUUGAGUCUGAUUUUCCGGGUAUAUUAUUGAAAUUUUAUUUAUUCACAUGGUUUUUUUGGUCAUUGCUUCGUAAAGUCUCGUCAGAAUCUGGAAUAAUAUUCCAACUUUUGUCCUAGUUUUGUACUAGGGCUAUUGUAAAUUGUAUAUUUAUUUUUCUUUCUAUCAUUGUUAAGUUCAGGCCGGUUUUUAAAACUUGAUACUCUUCUGAAAUAACUCCUUUAACGUUUCAGAUUCUUUUUCUGGCCUUUUUUUUACUGUCGUGUUAUACUAUGUGAAUUGUUGAUCCAUUUUCAGUGUGAUACAAAUUAUGCGGUCCAUGUUCUUGAUUUGCUGAACUUAUCAAUCUAUAUUGAAAUAAAUGUGGUGACCGUCUAUUUAAUGUCUCGCUUAACAUAAAAACUGCAAUUUAAAGUUCCUAGUCAAUUCCUGAGAGAUAUGAAACAUGUAUUUUUAAAAAUGGGUUUCAGUAAAACCAAUGUAUCAUCCUUACUCUUACAGUGAAUAGUAACCCUCUUGCAAUUCCUUAAAUUGUUAAUUUUCUUUUAGUUUAUCGUCACUGACAUAAGCAGUGCUGCAUGCUUCGCCUUCUUUGAUACUUUUAGUUUGCAAGCAUUCAGAAAAGAUUACUUCCUUGUGACUGAAAUACUGAUUAAUUUAAUCCAAUAACAGCAAUUACCUAUGCCGAAUGUGCUGUACUAAAAAGGUGGUUAUUUGACAUUGUAUUUUCAAACGCUGGACUAAAGAUUUUAAACUCUAAUCCAUGUCGCUUAUAUUUUGGAAAUCCAGGUGAUAGUAUCACCAACUGUCAUACAAAAUAUUUUACUCAGAGCCUCUGUGAAUCUGAAUAGUUGGUUGUAUUAUCCUGAUUACUUACGAUACCUGGUAUUGUUUAAUCUUUCAUAAUUUUUUCUGUAUGUCAAACGAGAUGUUUAACGAAACAUUAGGACGAGAUAAGUUGAAAGUUAUACCGUAGAUGGGACCGACUAAAGAAAAUUAUUGAUGUUUUGUAACUACAGGGAAAUAUACUUGACCUGAAAUGA